AUAUUUUCCGCUUCGCCAUUUUGUACUGCUGCGCCGGGUAUUUAUCAGGAGAGUCGUGACUACCUCGUUUACAUUAUACUGCUAGUUAGGUGGUCAGACGGUUCCUGGUAUACUCGAUUUUUCAUUUCAAGCCUGUGGCCUUCGAUAGAUUUUUGAGUCGACGUUAAUAAUUCAUUUUGUAUAUUUAGUUUAUUUUUAUUUUGUGUGAGAAAGAAUGUCGGCCGAAAGCCCCGAAUACUCUCCCUUCUUCGCAGUGAUGGGUGCCUCUGCGGCUAUGGUGUUCAGCGCCUUGGGAGCAGCCUAUGGCACAGCUAAGAGUGGUACAGGGAUCGCCGCCAUGUCCGUGAUGAGGCCGGAACUCAUCAUGAAGUCAAUCAUCCCCGUGGUCAUGGCGGGUAUCAUAGCCAUCUACGGCCUGGUAGUAGCAGUGCUGAUUGCCAACAACAUCUCAGAGAAGGUCACCCUCUACAAGAGUUUCCUCCAUCUGGGAGCUGGGCUGAGCGUGGGCCUCAGUGGGCUGGCAGCAGGCUUCGCAAUUGGCAUCGUGGGCGAUGCCGGUGUGAGGGGCACAGCUCAACAGCCGAGGCUUUUUGUGGGCAUGAUCCUCAUUUUGAUUUUUGCUGAAGUCUUGGGUCUCUACGGCCUCAUUGUUGCCCUCAUUCUCUCCACGAAAUAAACACCCAAACAUCUCCACUACAAGAUCUGUCCUUUAUGUUGCUGCUGGAGAAAAAGUGUAAAACGGGAAAAAAUUGUAAAAUUUCUGCCACACAAGAUGAAAGAAGGCAGGAAAAAAUUUAAUAAAAUGGCUCCGUAAAUAUGGUUUUAUCUCAACAAUGUGUACAGUCGUCCCAAUUUGAUAGUCAACUUGUAAAUGCGCAAUGUAGUGAUUUGUCUGUCUUGUGUGUGUGCGUGUGUGUGUUUCAAAACAGUUGUAUGAUGAAGAUUCCUUUUUUCCCUCCACUUAUUUCGGGCCUUGAGGCCAGCUGAGACAGCCUGGCCUCUGGUCUUAGAGAGCUGACCAAUGGGCCGCACAGCUUUUCUCCUCUCAUUUCAACUUUGGAGUUGACACAAUUUCUGCAUUAAUCUUGAGGAUCUAUUUGUAAAGAGAAAUGUAUAUGGACUUACGAUUUUUUUUCCACUGAUUUUAUUUAUAAGAAAUUGUUCAUUGAACUGUUUUAAUGCAGCUUGCAGAAGUCUUUAAUCCCCAGGAUAUAUAUAAAUAUAUAUAUUACAGACAUAUAAAUAUCUAUAUAGAUAGACUUAAUACACUGUGGGGUAAUUGUGAUAAGUGGUUGGAAAUCCUCUGGAUGUAAUUCUUGGUUAAAUAAUAAGAUUGCCUUUAGUAUGUUGCUGGUGAAAUGGGACUUUUGUGUGUAGUCGAAUUCUAAUCAUUACGCAAACAUUCUCAAACGUCAGUGUUUUUCCUGUAGUACUGCUGUUUGCAUUAAAGGUGUGUGUGCCCCGUGAUGGGUCUCACAAGUGUAAUUUCCAAAUUUCAUCUCCUCUCCAUCUUAUUCACCCCUCUCAUCUGUGGCUGUACUUAAUCUCUUUCACAUUCCAGCUAUUAAAAUCCUGCAUGGGUUUCAGUGUCUUGUUGCUGUUGGGUAUGAAGCUGAAGGGCAGGCUAGUUUCAGAAGAUUUAAUCCAGAUCAAAAAGCUAGUUUAAUGUGGUAGUUCCUCCUCCAAAAAAAUUUAAAAAUCAAGUUUAAAUCAGACUUGAUGGUAUCGUUUUGUAGCGUGCAGCAGGAAUCUAGUGAGCUUAGUGUUCAAGUUUGGCCUAGUUUCAUGUGAGGACAGAUCCAAUUUGAUCUGGAGUUUGUUUUCUGAAAAUGGAACUGCUGCUGACGCAUUUACUGAAGCGCCAAUCUACAAUCCUGUAUUACCACUGGUAUUGAAGUUAUGCUGAUGUGUCGACGUGUGUGUCACAAUCGAAUUAAAUGAGAUUCCAACUUA